AUGGAUAGGAGCAGAGCGAUCUUAGCUUUCAUCUGGAUCAACGAGCACACCACCCAGGCCCUCCUCGCACACACAUAUCAACUGAAUGGAACGACGCCUCACCUAUUGUCGCGCGCUCCCGCUACCGCUCUUGGAGGCACCGAACUGGGAACAUGGCCCCUUGAACGCCCAGUGCCCACAAUCCCUACUGAUUUGGCUACUCUCCACUAUUAUGAUCUUUGGUCUUUUUGUUUGCUUCAAGCGCUUAUCACUCCCAAGCCGCCACUCCAAGUGGAUUCAUUGACUCCGUGCGACAAUAAACAACCCGUUUCAGACUUUCCCUCGACGGUCGGUGUAGUGUGCAUCCCCUCCCGAAGCACCUUGGUAUGUGCCUCGAGGGCCAAGGUGGACGCAUCACUUCUCGACGCUCAUUCAUGGCUUGAUUUACAGAAAGGCAUCGUGGUUGGGCAUAAAAACCCUCUGGCACUCGAGUUAAGUUCCUCAGACAGCUCGCCUAGUCUCUUCAGCUCUCAAGCCCUUCACUCCAAUCAACCAAGCCCUCCCGUACCAAUGGACUCGUUCACUACCAUCGCCUCCUUUACCAACCAACCCUCUGUUGAGGUUCCCUCCGACCUCGAGACCGGCGGAGGUUCUGGAAAUGGGGCAUACUGCGUCAUCGCCUGA